GUUUCUGAGGCGGAGAUGGGGAACCAGUCGAGCAUUCUGCUGACGGACGUGGGGAAACCGCCCGGAAGCCAGACUUGGGCGGGUCGGUGCACCAGACUAGCGGACGGUAGUGAGGGAAGUGGAUUCGAUCCAGACCAACUCCCGGUCCUGCAAAUGACGCUGGUACAGCCGAGCCCGGAGUUGCAGAUCCACAUCCGCAAGGAGCUGAACGAGGACGUGAACACGCGCGAGGACGCGCUCCAGCACAUCAAGGACUGGCUGGCCAAGCAGCCGCAUCUCCCCGACUUCCAGGAUGACCAGCGCAUCAUGACGUUCCUGCGCGGGUGCAAGUUCUCGCUGGAGAAGACGAAGCGCAAACUGGACAUGUACUUCACGAUGCGAGCCGCGCUGCCCGAGUUCUUCACCGACCGCGACGUCACACGGCCCGAGCUGAAGGAGAUCCUCGACAACGUAGCUUUCCCGCCGCUGCCUGGCCUGACGCCGAACGGCCGCCGCGUGAUCGUGAUGAACGGCAAAACCAAGGACUACCAGGGCCCGCUGGUGGCGGACGGCAUGAAGCUCAUCUUCAUGGUGGGCGACAUCCGCUUGCUCGAGGAGCAGACAGGCGUCGCGGGCGACGUCUACGUGCUCGACGCGUCGGUCGCCACACCCGCCUACUUCGCCAAGUUCACCCCCUCCAUGGUCAAGAAGUUCCUCGUCUGCGUCCAGGAAGCAUACCCAGUGAAGCUGAAGGAAGUACACGUGAUUAACGUACACCCGCUGGUGGACACCAUCAUCAAUUUCGCCAAGCCCUUCCUAAAGGAGAAGAUUAGGAACAGGAUCUUCGUGCACACUUCGCUGGAUACGCUGUACAACUACGUGCCCAAGGAGAUGCUGCCUGCAGAGUACGGUGGAGACGCAGGACCCAUUGAUGUCAUCCACCAGGCCUGGGUGAAGAAGAUGGAGUCGUACACUCCGUGGUUCAAGGAGCAGGAGAAGAUGAUCGCCGACGAGUCGAAGCGCCCCGGCCGGCCCAAGACGCACGACGACCUCUUCGGCGUCGACGGCUCCUUCCGGAAGCUCACCAUCGACUGAGCAGCCGCCGCCACAACACGGCCGCCACCGAGCUCUCUACGCGUGGACGAGCGCGCAAUGGACUUUCUCACCGCCUAGAAAAAAAAUAUUUUCAAAAAUUUAUAAUACGUAAUCUGUAAUAGGCAACCAUGAGUACUAUGUUCAGGAUAUACUUAGAACACGAAUUUGACGAACUGCACCUGUAGACAACUGUAAAGAGGUAACUUAAUUCUUCCUGCGUCAUCCUAACGAAAAUGCGGUCUAAUGCAAAGGCAAUGUUCAGUAGCUGUGCCACUCAUCGCUUGAAUUUGCUAUACAAGUUGUAAUUAUCACUGAUAGUCCCUUUCCGGUCGCACUAUAAGACAGCCACUUCCUAUUGGAUGCCCAGCCCAUCUUGGGAGUUCCUACGCAUAACGAAAGCCCCCUGCCGGAAAACUCUCUUCAGACUGUGCGUGACAACUUUCACGUGUUGCUCGCUCUAUAUACACUCCGGUAGUGGAAAGUUGUCUGCGGUGACAAAACCGGAUUCUGUCCGUGACAUUCCACUUUCACUACCGAAAGCAACCGAUAAGGGAAAUACCCAAAACGGAAUAUGCCUUUCGCGCAAUUGGUUCGAGAGCAUCAGUUGAUUCUGUGUAACAACGAGUGGUUGCAGUGUUCCGUAAUCACUAGCAAUUCCUAAUUACGUACCGUAUGCAGCGUCAUAAAACGAUGCAACACUUUCCCGUGACAUAUUGGAUCCGAAGUUAGAAUUUUCUCGGCUUUAUCGCACAUUUACUUCUGAUAUGUUUUCCUUAAUAAGUUUUCGGGAAACAUCUGCAUGGAGACCAGUUACAGAAGCCAGUACCAUUUAAGUCACAGUAGUAUAUCUACCGAAAGAUAGCGCAAAUACUUACACAGCUUUCGGCGCGUUACUCGUUUCUUCGUUACCAUAUCAAGAACUGGUAUUUCUCUGUUAAGUAACACAUAUGUUGUGGAAUCCAAAUCGCGUAAAAUAAAAGAACCUUAGCUGGCGACUGUCUAUGGCAUCCACAGGGAAGACCGCUAAUGUACUAUUAAAAUAUCACUGCCAAUGCUUAAGUUGUCACCUCCGAUUCAGAUGUCUUUCACCGUAAAUUAGGAAUAGAUACUGUACAAACAAGAGUCCUGGCACAGACCUGAUGAAUCGUUUACAGGUCGCAAAAACGUACAAGUUGCUUCAUAUAGCUACUACAGAGUCCUAAGACAUAGGAAUGUUUAAGGACUAAAGAAAGUGAAGGCGCACUAAUACCAGGUUUAGAAUUGAAA